CCAGCAAGAUGUAUUUCAACCGGAGAGCCAAGAAGAUACACAGCGAGGGAGAGCAGUUAGUGUUGACCACCAUUAGGCAGGAGGCUUCUGAACUGCAGGACCCAGGCCAGGGCGCCGGCGCUACCAUGCGUGCCCGCCUCACAGACAGGUUUGACAAAACCUCGCCUCUCUCCCAUCAAUCCAACGGUGCAGGACCCGCUUGCUCGUCCGCCGGUUACCGCAAGGCAGAUGAUGAGAUGUCCGGGACCACUUCCCAGGCGGAUCCCGUAGACGCCACGGCGCGGACGGUGCUGCUCAACCGGCCACAGACCACCAAGUUCUGCGACAACCACGUCAGCACCACCAAGUAUGGGGUUCUCACGUUCCUGCCCCGGUUCCUGUAUGAGCAGAUCAGACGGGCUGCCAAUGCCUUCUUCCUGUUCAUCGCACUCAUGCAGCAAAUCCCUGAUGUAUCACCGACCGGUCGCUACACCACACUGGUCCCCCUCAUCUUCAUCCUCACGGUGGCCGGGAUCAAAGAGAUCAUAGAGGACUAUAAAAGGCAUAAAGCAGACAACACGGUCAACAAGAAGAAGACAACAGUGCUGCGGAACGGAGCUUGGCAGACGAUUAUCUGGAAACAGGUGGCAGUAGGCGACAUAGUGAAGGUGACCAAUGGCCAGCACCUUCCAGCUGACAUGGUUAUAGUGUCCUCCAGUGAGCCACAGGCCAUGUGUUACACUGAGACCUCUAACCUGGAUGGAGAAACCAACCUGAAGAUCAGACAGGGUCUCUCACUCACAGCCGGACUUCAGACUCUGGAGGAUUUGAUGGCGAUGUCCGGCUGUUUGGAGUGCGAAGGCCCCAACAGACACCUGUAUGACUUCAACGGCACUCUGCGGCUAGAGAACCAGAUUCCAGCUCCUCUGGGUCCAGACCAGGUGUUGCUGCGCGGCGCUCAGCUCAGGAACACCCAGUGGGUUGUAGGAAUCAUCGUCUACACCGGCCAUGACUCCAAGCUGAUGCAGAACUCCACCAAGGCGCCGCUGAAGCGUUCUAAUGUGGAGCGGGUCACCAACAUGCAGAUCCUCGUCCUGUUUGGCAUCCUGCUGGUCAUGGCGCUGGUCAGCUCUGUGGGCGCUGCCAUCUGGAACAAAGAACACACAGAAGACGCCUGCUGGUACCUGUCACGAGCCGGUGACAUCUCCACAAACUUUGCGUAUAACCUGCUGACGUUUAUCAUCCUGUACAACAACCUGAUCCCCAUCAGCCUGCUGGUCACUCUGGAGGUGGUUAAGUUCACGCAGGCGCUCUUCAUCAACUGGGAUGUGGAGAUGUACUACUCAGAGACGGACACGCCGGCAAUGGCUCGAACAUCCAAUCUUAAUGAGGAACUGGGCCAGGUGAAGUACCUGUUUUCUGACAAGACAGGAACUCUCACCUGUAACGUCAUGCACUUUAAGAAGUGCACCAUUGCAGGAAUUACAUACGGCCACUUCCCUGAUCUUGACUGUGAUCGUUCAAUGGAGGACUUCAGCAAUCUUCCGUCCAGCAGCAACAACUCCACAGAGUUCGACGACCCAACUCUCAUUCAAAACAUUGAAAAGGAUCAUCCUACGUCACCUCAGAUCUGCGAGUUCCUGACAAUGAUGGCGGUUUGCCACACGGUGGUACCAGAGAGGGAGGAAAACCAGAUCAUCUACCAGGCCUCCUCGCCUGACGAAGGCGCGCUGGUCAAAGGAGCCAAAGGCCUCGGCUUCGUCUUCACUGCUCGGACCCCACACUCAGUCAUCAUUGACGCCAGAGGAAAAGAGAUGAGCUAUGAACUCCUAAAUGUACUGGAGUUUUCCAGUAACCGCAAACGCAUGUCUGUGGUGGUCAGGACGCCCAGCGGGAAGCUACGGCUGUACUGCAAAGGAGCUGAUAAUGUUAUUUUUGACCGCCUGACGGAGGCGUCUCAGUACAAAGACUUAACUGUUGCUCAUCUGGAACAGUUUGCCACUGAAGGUUUGAGGACGCUGUGCUUCGCGUACGUGGACCUGGAAGAAGGGGCUUAUCAGGAAUGGCUGAAGGAAUACAAUCGUGUCAGCAUCGUACUCAAAGACCGCGCUCAGAAACUAGAGGAGGUUUAUGAGCUACUGGAAAAGAACUUGAUGCUGCUGGGUGCUACAGCUAUAGAGGACCGUCUCCAGGCGGGCGUGCCAGAAACAAUCGCCACUCUGAUGAGGGCUGACAUCAAGAUCUGGGUGCUCACCGGAGACAAGCAGGAGACUGCCAUCAACAUAGGUUACUCCUGUCGCCUGGUGACACACGGCAUGUCCCUCAUCAUCGUCAACGAGGACUCUCUGGAUGCUACUCGUGCCACGCUCACGGCUCACUGUUCAUCCCUCGGCGACUCUCUGAGGAAAGAAAACGAGCUGGCGCUGAUCAUCGAUGGCCAGACGCUGAAAUACGCCCUGUCCUUCGAGCUCCGCCAGGCCUUCCUUGACUUGGCGUUGUCCUGCAAAGCUGUCAUCUGCUGCCGAGUGUCUCCGCUGCAGAAGUCUGAGAUCGUGGAUAUGGUGAAGAAACACGUGAAGGCCAUCACGCUGGCGAUCGGCGACGGCGCCAACGACGUGGGGAUGAUCCAGACGGCUCACGUCGGAGUGGGGAUCAGCGGCAACGAGGGCAUGCAGGCCACCAACUCCUCGGACUACUCCAUCGCACAGUUCUCCUACCUAGAGAAGCUCCUGUUGGUCCACGGAGCAUGGAGCUACAACCGGGUCACGAAGUGCAUCCUCUACUGUUUCUAUAAGAAUGUGGUCCUCUACAUAAUAGAGCUCUGGUUCGCCUUUGUGAACGGGUUCUCCGGCCAGAUCCUUUUUGAGCGCUGGUGUAUAGGCCUCUACAACGUGAUAUUUACUGCACUGCCUCCGUUCACUCUGGGGAUUUUCGACCGGCCGUGCAGCCAGCAGAACAUGCUCCGCUUCCCACAGCUGUACCGAAUAACCCAGAACGCUGAGGGCUUCAACACCAAGGUGUUCUGGGGACACUGUAUCAAUGCACUGAUUCAUUCAAUUAUUCUCUUUUGGUUUCCGCUCAAAAUGUUAGAGCACGAUUCUCCCUUCAGAAACGGUCAAGGAAACGACUACCUGUUUGUGGGAAACAUGGUCUACACAUACGUGGUAGUUACAGUGUGUCUGAAGGCUGGAAUGGAGACCACCGCUUGGACCCGGUUUUCCCACCUGGCAGUAUGGGGAAGCAUGGUGCUCUGGAUGCUCUUCUUUGCCGUCUACUCCGCCAUCUGGCCCACCAUUCCCAUUGCCCCCGACAUGCUGGGCCAGGCUGGCAGGGUGAUGCAGUGCUGGCACUUCUGGCUGGGCCUGGUCCUGGUGCCUACUGCGUGUUUACUCAAAGACUUUGCUUGGACAGCCACACGUCGCACUGUGAGGAAGUCUCUGCUGGAGGAGGUGCAGGAGUUGGAGGCGCGAGCCGUCGAUCCCGGGGCUGCAGUACUUCGAGACGCCAGCGGCCGCAGUCUAAACGAACGAGCCCAUCUGCUGACAAGAGUCUUUAGGAAAACACCUUCGAGCGUAGGACGCUCAAACUCGGUGCAGCAGACGGUGUCACAUGGCUAUGCCUUCUCUCAGGAGGAGCACGGUGUGGUGUCCCAGUCCCAGGUAGUGCGCUCCUACGACACCACCCGCCAGCGUCCCAGCCUCUAGCCCCACCCCUGAUCAAGGCGUUGGCUCACCGUAGCAAUGGUUGUCCAGGUGACAGCGGAGACAGACUUAAGCGACACCCUCACGCUGGGUGACCGACCCCUGCUGUGGCCUUACUGGAACUAUGACCGGACCCCUCGCCGGGGGCGGGGGGUCGCGGUCAGGCGUGGUGGCCGUCGCCAGCGCGUGGAGGACUGACUUGGGAGAAGGGACCAGGCCAAAUAUACAGAACAAACAUUGUUGAAACUCACAAAAAGCUGCACAGGCAUGAGCAAUCACAUCCACGCACAGACAUGACAAGUCAAACUCAGAGACUGCUCCUCAUAUCUGUAUACCCGUCAGACUGGGUUUGAUUCAUGCCGCUGUGUGUCGACGUGUGUGUGUGCGCGCCCGUGUGUGCGUGUGUGCGUGCGUUCCCGUGCGUCUGUAUCUGCCUGUGCAUGUAUGUCUGCACGCAUUGGCGCUCCUGUGUUCGUGUGCAUGUGUGUGUCGGUCCAUGUGCGUUCGCUUCCCUCUCAUCUCCCGCCCAAGAGGUGGCUCGUCUGUCAACACAUGCCGACGCGGAAAGAGACGUCAUAAUAAACGCACACACUCACACACGUACAGAUGAAUUCCUUUUUAAAGGGAUGGAGGGAAGCCUGCCGGAGCCCUGCACCCCAGCUACAGGCCGCAACCCACCCUCAUUCCAUCGCAGCACCAAGCCUCACUGCCAAACACAGCAGAGAUGCCACUGAGGCAGAACCCCAAACUGGACCACCACCCUGCUGCAACCCCUCCUGCCCCACUGGGACCUCUUGUUGCUUAUCUGCCUCCUUCAUUUCUUCCCUCCUUAUCUCCUCCAUCUCAUAGCCGCUCUGCAGCCUCCAUGUCUCUCCUCCUUUACAAAAAAAUCCACUUUAUUUUUCCUGUUUUUUUUGUUUUUUUUUUAAAUUCUGACCGCUCCUGUGAUCCCCGAUGCCGCCUGUCUAGCAUCGCCAGCUGAUGUAGAAGCAGCAUGCCUGGCAUUAGCGCUUCCUCCUUCUUUUCUGUUGGAAUUCCACUCUUUACUGGACUGUUUCUCCUUUUUUUUUUUUUAAAGUGGACAUUAAUGUGAAUUUGUUUAUAAUUUUUUUUUUCUUUUCAUUAAUGCCUGUUUUUGUACUCAUAUGUGAAGACAUGUCUUAGAGGGAAUAUUUUACUUGAACUAGUCCUAAUAGGCAUCCAAAAAGAAGGGAUUUGAUUGAAAAACUCGGGUAAAUCAUGUGUUUUUUCUGGCUCGGGGAUUUGUCUGAAUGUAGAGUCCAUUGUCUGUGUGCUCCGCGUGGAGGACUCUCUGGGUCAGGAAUGCAAGACUGAAAGGUUGGGAGAUGGGGGGGUUCCAUCUGAGUCCUAAUCAUUAAAUCUAAUCAAUCCAUGGCCUGA